AUGAGAUUUCGUUCAGAAUACGGUCAUUUUGACCACACCACAUUCCUGUGGUGGAACCGUAAGGAAAAAAAUUUGAAUACUGUUCCUGUUUCAAUAAAUUUACGAAUGAUGUCUUUUCAAACGCAAUCUGAAGAAAAUGUAAUAGAAUGUAAGAAAGUGGAUUUGACCACGAAACUUCUACCUACUGUCGCUCGGGCUGUUAAACUAUCUCAAGAAUUUCCCGUAUCCGACACACCUGCUUAUAUUUACUACAAUGACUUUCCUCAAUAUAAGGCUAUAGCAGCUGGACAAUCUAAAAAGAUUCUUUCAAUCUUACAAAAUGUUCUGGAUAUUUUAGAUGCCAAAGCUAACAUUUUAGAUGUUCCAGUGACUAAAAGUAUGCAUGAGAAAUUCACCUCUAUUAUUGAUGCUAACGAUCGGAUACUGGAAAAAUUGGCAAUGGCUAUGGAUUUUGAAGAAGAUCCUCAACGUAAAGCAUUCUUUCUUAAAACAAGAUCUGAAGACUUGGUAGUUGCUGUUCAUCGAAAAAAUACAACAUCUCUUGAAUGGUUAAAAACAAAAAAUUCAAAUGAAGAAACUAAUGAGGGAGUUGAUUCUUCGGAAAAUUCAUUAAAACUUUUAUCUUCAAAACAUAUUGUCAGACCACAAACAUCUUUUACCACUCCACCAGACAAUUCAUACUCAUCGUUUCGACCGAAAAUAAAAUCAAAACCAAAUUGUAUUCAACCACUUCCUGAGUUGUUAUCCAAUGAUAAUGGGGAGUCGACAGAUUAUCCUCAUCCAUACAAAGUAGAAUUAGAAACGUUUGGCAACAAUCUACCUAGUUUGAAUGAAAUGAUGUCAGAAGAUUUUCCGGUGAAACCUUUAGAUUCAUCAUAUCAAUAUGUUGAUACACUAGAUACUCUUGAACAAAUUAUGAGAUCCCUUUCCAUGUGUAAAUAUAUUGCAGUUGACUUGGAACAUCAUAGCUAUCGAAGCUUCUUGGGCAUUACAUGUCUAAUACAAAUGAGUACAUUGGAUAGUGAUUACAUCAUCGAUGCAUUGGCUCUACGUGAUCAUUUGUCAAUAUUGAAUGAAGUAUUCACUGACCCAAAAAUUGUUAAGGUGUUUCAUGGAUCCGAUUCUGAUUUAAUGUGGUUACAACGAGAUUUCGGUGUGUACGUAGUCAACUUAUUCGAUACUGGCAUAGCUGCUCGUCUGCUACAGUAUGGCCGUUUCUCACUUAGUUAUCUAUUACAACGAUUUGUUGGCAUAUAUGCGAAUAAGAAAUAUCAACUAGCUGAUUGGCGUAUAAGACCUCUGCCGAACGAAUUGAUCGAAUAUGCGCGAUCAGAUACACAUUACCUAUUGCAUAUUGCAAGUCGUAUGUGUCGAGAAUUACAAGAUAGAGAUCUAUUGUCAGUUGCUAUUGAACGAGCAAGGCAAUUAUGCCUUAGAUGUUAUACAAAACCUGUAUUCAAUAGACUUGGUUAUUUGGAUCUUUAUAGACAAACUGGAAGUAGUAGUUUCAGUCAUCGUCAAUUAUAUGCUUUAGAAAAUCUUUAUGCUUUACGUGAUUCGAUAGCUAGACGAGAAGAUGAAAGUCUCCAUUAUGUCCUACCAAAUCAUAUGUUGAAGGUAAUUGCUGAAGUAUUACCACGUGAAAGUUCUGGUAUAUUUGCAUGCUGUAAUCCUAUUCCUCCACUGGUGCGUAAAUAUGUUCACGAUUUGCACAAAAUUAUAGUGGAUGCAAGAAAUUUGCCUAUUACAGAUUUACCUCUCACUUCUGAAGAGCCUAGAUUAUCUACACAACCAAAUUCACAACAACAAGAAAAUGACAAACGAUCAUCUGUAAAUAUACCUAAUACGCAAAACUUAAGAUAUGCUUUGCCUCAUGAUUAUUCUCGUGAAAUUCAUUUACUUGUAAACAGUCCAGAUUAUAAUGAUAUCACUUGUACAGAAUUAUCAACUAAUAAGAAGUCUUCAAUGUUGGCAUCAGCUUUACUACCGAAUCAUUGUCUAGCGGGAACUAAAGUUAAUGAACAACAGGAAAUGAAUGAGAGUUCGGAAAACCAACUGUUCAAGGAUAAAUUUCUUGAUCCUAAUCAUUUAUUACUUAUGAAGCUGUUGGAACUUCUUAAAUUCCCAUGUUCUCCACUUACAACUGAAAAUGAAACGUCUGCAGAUACAAAUGCUUCUGUUCCAAUUGUUGUCUCACAACAACCCUUGCUACAAGAAUCCUCUGAUACGCUAAACAUAUCUGAACACCUAGUCAAAGUGGAUGGUGAUACAACUCAAGAUGAUCCGUCUAUGAAUGAUAGUCAGUAUUCUAUUGUUUCUGAUAGUGGAUAUCCCAACAAAUUGAAACGAUCAUACAACAGUGAAAUCAUUGUAAGAACAACACCUAAUUUCGGUGAUGAUGAAGUGAUUUUUUUGUGCAAUAAAAAAAAAAAUAAUAAAGGUAAAAAACGCAGGAAAACUUACGAACAACAAAAAUCAAUACUGCAACCGGAUAGCAAUUCUAAUAGUAGUGUUCAAAAUAAUCUUAAUACAAACAUGGAAAUCGAUGAUGUAUCCACUUUAAUUAAAUGUGAAUCUUGUCCUGAACAAUUAGAAGAUUCUUCAGCUGACUAUUCAUCGUCUUUCAACGCACCACCUGUUGAAUCAUUAACAAAUAGUGCUUCGAAGAAGAAAAAACGACCGGUGAAAAAGUUUAAAGAAUUUCGUGUGAGUCGUCCCAAACAUCAAUAA